AUUUCAGGGAGAAUACAAAUUUUGUAUAAAAGUGGAAUACAACAAUUCUAUGUCCACCGCUCUUCGAUUGCAUAGUAUACAUAUGUAUAUGUACAUAGUAGAUAUUUAAAAUAUCGAAGUAUCUUAUUUGAAUAAAACAUUUUAACGCAAAUAUUUAACAUUUUAGAAAAAUUCUUUAAUACUGAUUUACUUUCAUAAGUUACGUAAUAAUAUAUUACACUGGUAGAUUAUUAAUCACAGUAUUACUUGAUAUUUUAUAUCACAUGCGUACACACGUUGACUCAAAUGUCGUUAAAGUAAGUUUGUUAAACGUACUAUUUGGAAAAUGUCACAGGUGAUUAAAAAGGGUAAAAAGAAGCAAAUAAAAAAGGAAAAAACGAAUCAAAAGGAGGAGAAAUCCGAAGAAAGUGUAAAAGAUACGUCAAAGGAAAACGUAAAAUUAAAGUAUGGUCCUUCUUUGACAUUUCCUUAUCAAAGAGUAUGGUCGCGUUGUGCCCUAAUACUUGCAGUGUUGUUUAUAAUUUGGUAUAAUAGCAAACAGGGUAAAGAAGUUCAUCUAGCAAAGCAAAAAGAGAUUUUAUUAAGUCGUACGCAAUUUGUUGAAUGUUCAGAUGAUUAUAAAGCAGAAACAGACGAAUAUCCGGAGUGUAUGCCUGAAAAAUGUGGAAGGAUAGUUACAGAUAAACUAGUGUCAUCAACAGAAACUGAUAUUCUAUUAAAAAUAGCAACGAGUGGUUUAAGUUUAGGUGGGUCCAACGGAGGUGCAAGUAUUCUGGAUCUUCAUUCUGGUGCAUUAAGCAAAGGUCUUGGUUUUAUCAAUAUCUAUACAUUACCAGAAGCAAAAAAGAUAUUUAAUAGUGCUGAUUUUGCAAUUUAUAAAGUAGUAAAAACUAAAAUACAACAUGCGGUAUCACAUAAUUUUGGAGUAUCGUCCAAUAAAAUAUAUCUAACAAAACCCACAUUCUUUUCGCGAAUGACUAAUGUAUCUGCAAAAACAAUACACGAUGUAUAUUGGCAUCGUCAUGUUGACAAGGUAACCUACAAAUCAUUCCAUUAUACAUCCUUACUUUAUUUGAAUGAUUUUGGGAGAGACUUCGAGGGAGGUCGAUUUAUAUUUAUUGAUAAAGAUAAUGUUAAUACAACGGUGGAGCCUCGAAAAGGUAGAGUAUCUAUGUUUACUUCGGGUAGCGAAAAUCUGCAUGCGGUUGAAAGAGUGCAAUCUGGAAUUCGUUAUGCAUUGACUGUAUCUUUCACGUGUGACCCAAAUGCUGCAAUUUCCGAUCCUAACUACUACACAAAGCAAGAAUUAUAAAUACAUUUUACGAAUUAAAAGUAUACAUUCCAUUUAAUUUCUUUUACAAAGUAUAUACCUUCCAAUGUUUCGUGCUCGUUUAAAU